AUGACGUUUCUGGUAUUACUUGAAACACAAAUACCGCCUAUUGUCGAACGCUCGUCGCAAAAUUGGAUUUGGCUCAUUGCGUUUAGUAUCACCGCUGGUGUUACCCUCUUAAUUAUACUUGUUGGUGUCCUCUGGUGUUGUGGAUUUUUCAAACGGAGUCGCCCAUCUUAUCCUGCAUCGACUCUAAUCGAACCUUCGUCAGCUAACUACCACUAUCAUUUGUCAUCAACAUCACCUCCCUCCGGACGACAUCCAAUAACUGGUGAUAUUGAAGAUGCGCCAAGUGAUCUUGAUGAUAAUCAAAUGAUCAUACCAAAUCCGGUCGAAAGCUUACCCAUUGUAGUUCCUCAACAUUCAUCACGUUUCAUUCAACAACAACAACAACGUGCACAGUUUCCGUAUUAUCCGAAAUCUUCAUCGUAA